UGGGAGGACAGAGGAAUGGAAUAUGAGAAUGGAACCGAGGGGAAGGGGAGACAUUGGUCAGUGAACGGCUGUUCGGUUGUGUUCUCUGAUGAGAACUACACAGUGUGCAGCUGCUCUCACCUCUCCACCUUUGCCCUCAUCAUGCAGACUGGGGAGACUGUGUCGGAGGACAAUCCCUUCCUAGAGUGGGUGAACAGAAUGUGUGUGAUCGUGGGCCUGGUCUUCUUUGCUCUGGCCAUCCUCACCUUCCUGCUGUGUAGCUGGAACCCUAAGAUCAACAACACAGCCCGCCUCCACCUCUGCCUCUGCCUCUUCCUGUCCCAUCUGAUGCUCCUAUUGGAUUACACCUACCUUACUCACAAGCUGGUGUGCUCCAUCAUGGCAGGUCUCCUCCACUUCCUGGUAGUGGCCAGUUUCCUGUGGAUGCUGCUGGAGGCGCUCCAGCUCUACCUGCUGGUCCAGAGACUCUCUAGGAUCCAGAUCAUCCAGAGGGAAGGCCUCCAGAAGAAAUACCUCUUCCUGAUUGGCUAUGGCAUCCCCCUGGUGAUCGUCGGUGUGUCUGCAGCUGUGAAACGUGACGGCUAUGGGGGAUCUAAAGUAUGCUGGCUGAAGCCAGAACAAUACUUUACCUGGGCUGUGUUAGGGCCAGUGUGUACUGUCCUAGCACUGAACUGGAUAUUGUUCUGCGUUACUAUCUGGAGUUUGAGACCUACCUUGGCUAACAUGAAGAGUGAUGUCUCACAGUCCAAAGACACCAGACUGAUCAUCUUUAAGAUCCUGGCACAGUUUGUGAUACUGGGUUGUACCUGGGUGCUGGGCUUUUUCCAGUCCACCAUGGUCUUCAAGUACCUCUUCAUCGUGCUCAACUCCCAGCAGGGCACCUUCCUCUACAUCGUUCACUGUCUCUUCAACAAGGAGGUACGUGAUGAGUACAGGAAGUGGCUGGGCUGUUCUUCCAGCUCCUCUACUCCAGACUCUAUGAAAGAAGCACCUUCCGUCUCUGAAGACCUGGACAAGGCUGGUGAAGAGAAACAAAAGAAAGGAACACGGCCAGGAUGAGAGCAACAUGAUACGAUACCAUCAGACCUUCAAAGCAUUUCAGCACAGUGGACAUCCACGGUAUAUCUUUCAAUGCACACUGUACACACUAAGUAUGAGAGAGAGAGAGAGAGAGAGAGAGAGGUGUGUUUAUAUGGAUGCUAAUGACUCAGAUAACACAGCCUGACCUUUUGUAUUUACUAAUAUUUCCUUUAUCUAUAUAAAACAAUGUUUUAAUAUCCUGCAAAUGUAUUUAUAGAAUUUCAUAUUUAUAACUGAUAUACACAGUAGUUACAGCAUAUUUACCUGUGUGCAAAAUAAACAA